GAAAUAAGGUUAUAAAAGCAGAGAGCACACAUCGACUUAUCAUAAGUAAACAAACACAUCUUCCUCUCAGUACUCUUCUCUCUACUCUAUUCUUCUUCUCUGACAAAAGCCAUUAAUACCUGCCCCUUAAAUCAUGGGUCAUGAAUGUAUCGAUGCAUCAAAGGAGUUCAAGUGGGGUGAGGACGUCAACGUUAAAAGUGAAGUAACUGAGAUUGUUCUUGUUCGCCAUGGAGAAACCACUUGGAAUGCUGCUGGAAGAAUCCAGGGACAAAUUGAAUCGGAUCUUAACGAAAUUGGACAAAAGCAGGCUGUUGCAAUCGCUGAGAGAUUGGGAAAAGAGGAGAGACCCAUAGCUAUAUAUUCAUCAGACCUCAAGCGAGCCAAAGACACUGCUCUCAAGAUCGCGGAAACUUGUUUUUGUUCCGAGGUGACUGAAGUGCCUGAGUUAAAGGAGAGGCAUGUGGGUAGUCUCCAAGGGCUGUAUUGGAAAGAAGGAGCAGAGAAAGAACCUGAAGCUUACUCUGCUUUCUUUUCUACCCAAAAUGACCUCGAGAUUCCGGGAGGAGGAGAGAGCUUUGACCAACUUUGUGAGAGGUCUAUGAGUGCCCUUGAGCAAAUUGCAAAGAAGCACAAAGGGGAGAGAGUGAUAGUAGUGACUCAUGGAGGAGUGUUAAGGGCAAUCUACAUGAGGAUCACGCAAGCUUCCUCUGCUGGGAAACUCCUUAAUGCUUCAGUGAAUGUUGUUCGCUUCAGUGACGAGAAAUGGAUCAUUGAUUCAUGGAGCGAUGUUUCUCAUCUCUCAUCAGUUGGAUUCCUCCAACGGGGCUUUGAUGGUGACGCCAAGCCCUAGAGGACCAUUAUCCAUUCUCUAGAUCUCCUCCAUAAAUAAUAUCCUGUGUGUGCGUUUUAUAAGAUACGAAGUGUUUCCAUUGGUGAGGUCGAUGUUCUUGUGGAAAAGUUGUUUAUCUUCUUGUAUUUUGCAUUAAUCGAUUAAUAAUAAAGCUCUCUUCUUCAAAAUAUCAUAAACGUUUACACCAGGAAGAUAAACGUCACAAUUGUAGCUGUGGUGCUAACAAAUAUGAUGUCUCUGCCUAAAAUAAUCUAAAGGCAAAGUAUGAUGUCUCUGAUAACUUCAAAUGUCCUUUGCUAGAUGAAUAAAUUACUGUGUGGCCAGCCUCUUAGAGGUGAAUGAUAUCAUCAAGUGAACUCUAGGAUUGGUUAUGUAAAGACUCGAACCUACCAUUGGAUCCCAACGAGUUCGACAAGUUCCCUCGUCAUAUACUCUCAUAUUAUGCGAAAACCAAACAUGCUUAUUUGAGAAAAAAGAAUGCACAGAUCUGACGGUUGAGAAUAUGCCAACAUGCUUAUUUGAGAUCCAAGGGUUAAAAAGCAUGCGAGGCACAGCUUAUAGAUAGAUCUCUCAGCGCGGGGAGCCGCAGUCAUAAAAAGAAGAAAAAAAAAACCUCUCUCUCUCAUCUUUCUAAACCCUAAUUUUAGGGAGAGAAAGUCCCCAAUCCUCAUCGGUGGAACCAUGGACGAAGAAGGCGAGACCAUCUUAUUUUAUUCCGUGAAGGAGACAUUCGUUUGCUGGAACUUUGAUGAUUGCCCAGUCCCUGUGGAUACCGAUCUUGGUUCUAUUGUUGAUAAUUUCGAACAUGCUCUUCACCAAAUGGGCUUUGAGGGGAGAAUGAGCAUCAAUGUGGAUUGUAAGAAACUCAACUCCAACGAAGAAGCCUUGUUUAAGGCCGGAAGAAUUUUCUACUUACCCUAUACCACACACGAUUACCGCAAAUUUGGAACUAGGCCUACUCUGGAUAUGACUUUUUAUAUGCUCUCUGUAGUACGAGAGACUGCACCAAUACUUGCAAAUUUAGCCGUAGUCGUCAAACCAAAUAUUGAUCCAGGUAGCGAGUUACAUAGGGUUCUGCACUGUUUGAAAUCGAGGGGUCACAAUGUUCUCAUAGUAGAGCUGCCACCUGAUGAAGAGUGUCUUUUUAGUGUUGACUCUCUACUUAAGAAUUCACGAUUUUUGGGUGGAGGAAAGCCUAGAGCCAAAAAAGAGUUAACUCCUGAAGAGAUGCGGCAGGAGGAGGAGGAGGAGGAUGGUAGUUAUGAUGUUAGCGAUCUCUCCAACCAGAAGAUGUUAGAUUUCUCAGAGCGUAUCAAACACGUCAAAGGGCCUAGGACAGUCGUCUUCUGGGACGCCAUUGAUUGCCCAUUCCCUCUUUGUUUCUCUCCUGAACAGAUCUUCCAGAAAAUCAAAUCAGUUCUUAUGAAAAAAGGUACGAAUGAUAAUAUUACAAUCUGGGCUUAUGUCGAUGAACGGUCUUGGAGGGAUAAGUGUCUGGGUAACAAGACUUGGGAUUCAAGAAUCUACUUUCUUCCCGCAGGGGAUAGACGUGUCAGAAUGUUAAACGACAUGUUUCUACAGUCUAGAGACGCUCCUCUGCACCAUUGUCCAGGACUUUUGAUCCUAGUCUCGAAUCAUUUCUCAGGUGACCCCUUCUACAUGGAGUUGUUUGAGGACAUGCAGCACAAAAAUUACCAUCCUUUCUUGAUAACUCCGAGGGAGCACAGCAACAUAUCAGAAAGCCCUGAUGAAUGGCCACUGUCUCUAUUUAAUAGACCUCGCAAAAGCUCACAAGGACCUCUUCCCAAAAAGCCUAAACUGGAUGCUGCUUAAAGUAGCACAUGCCCAGGGCUGAUGAUACUCUGGUUAUUAUGAUGUUGGACGACCUAGCUUAUGUUCCGAUCUUGCUUGCUUCACAAGACUUUAUUGAUAGUAAAGUUUAAAAAGCCAAUGACUAGUUCCGUUUAUAUGGAAGAAUGAGUUUUAUGAAGG